GUCCAAGGUGGAGACAGCGAGCCUGAGAUGUCCCUGAAAGCCGUCAGGGCGUGACCGGAUCCCACGGCACCGGCCCUGCGGACAUUCCAUUUCCUUUCGCCCGCUUCCUUUCUGGCGGACGUCUCCGCGCACGCCGUUGCUAAGACUCGCCUGGGACAGCCUGCGCCUCGCACGUCUCACUCUCCCUCUCUUCUCUUACCGAGUUUCUCCUCCCCACACCCCGCCGGGUCCUGCCUAGAGUCGUGCCCCUUCCUUGAUUCACGUGCUCACCGAGCGAGCGAGGCGGAGGGCUGUGGCCACACACACACGAUGAUCCCAUCCGCAGCCCGCCGGGAUGGUCCUGAUCUCAGAGCAACACCCGUCGGGUACAGAAAGGGGAGGAGAAAAUCAGACCGUGAGGCCUAGGAGGAACGAACUCAAACCUGGCUGGUCGUGGGCAAAGUGUGGCCCUCUGGCCCACUCUCCUCUGCUGCCUGUUUCUCCAUAGAAAACUAAGUUGGGACGAAAGCACACCCUGUCCUUUCCUAACGUCGGUAGAUGGAUUCCUGCCGCCGUGGCAGAAAGGAGUUUUUCCUCCGCAGACUGCAGGAGCAACAGAACCUGCGGGACUCGGUCUCCCUUCACUCGAAAUUUGCCCGACUCUCGGCAUAGUGUGCACACACCCAGGCACGCGCGCGCGCGCGCGCGCACACACACACACACACACACACACAGGCACGCACACACGCAGGUGCGCACCAGGAAGUGGAGAAAUCGUCCAACGCAGAGGUAGAGAGGACUUCGAAAUGGGCAACGAAGUAGGGCACUUUCUUUGAAAUUACCGUGAAGCCCACAGCUACCUUUGUCUCUGUUGUGCCACUCCGCAAAACUGCUCAUCACUUGCCGGGGAGAGAGCGGCAGGGACCCAGGGAGAAAGCAGAACCCCUCCAACCCGCCUAACCUAAUCAAGGUAGCCUGCCACUGUGGGCGUGUCCGCAGCCAAUCCUCCUGGGAACACCCAGCGGGGGGUCCUGGCUCCCUAUAAAAGCCCGCCGGCUGCGCCCAACCGGCCACUUCCCCGCUUGCGCUGCCCAGGCUGCCAGAGGGUAGAGCCUCCUCGCCGGGAACACAGAGCUCUUUCCUGGAUGGGGAAGCUGUCCUUUGAGGAGACGGGAGAAGACAGACCUCCCUGUGCAAAGCAGGGGAAGAUGGAGACCCGCAAGAACCGGGAGGGCUCUGAGAGAGGACGAGCUUUCAGCGGGCACAGCCGGGAGGCCUCUGCGUCCAGGCACAAACGGUGGAGAAGCCCCGACGGCUCCCCUCGCAGUCCCGGCAGAGAAACCGGAAACCGAGGGCGGAAGGUCAAGCCACCACCAGCCCCAGCCGGAGAGAGAGGCCACGACAAGCCCGAGUCCAGCAGAGCACGACGCCCCCACGAGCGCAGAGGAGGUUCUGUUCCCAGCCCGAGGCGCCCGGAGGAGCCAAAGCACCGGCCUAGAUCGCCAGGGAGGACGAGCGGCCCGCAACGCCGCGCUGACGUCCGGGAGGAGCGACCCACCUCCCCAAAGCGCCGCCGACGCCACUCCCCAGAAGCCUGGGUCUCCCUCCCGUGCCCGCUCUCGCGAGCCGUCAACCACCUGGGCGGGCUGGAGGUGGCCCUGGGCGAGCUUCGGGCCCCGGGGGGCGCCUUCCUCCCGGGGCCCGCCGGCGGCACGCAGCCCAGCGCCUCGCAGCGCGCCUGGCUCACCUGGCAGCUGGCGCACGCCGGGGCCGCCCUGCACUGGGCGCUGGCCACGCUCGACAACCUGCUGGCUGCGGGGCCCUGGCCCGCGGGCCCGCCGCCCUUUGCGCCCGCUCCUGGGAGGCCUUAGGUGCGCACGGGAGCCAGCACCCUCGCCUUGGAAAAGCUCGAACCCUCUGCCCCAGAGGCGAUCCCGACUCUGCACCGCAAACUCUACGGCGCCCUGCAGGACGGCGGCCUCCUGCCGCUUGGACGCCAGGAGCUCCCCGGCAGCAGCAGAGCAGAAAGAAGGAUGGCCCCGCCCCACUUCGCCUCCCGGCAGUCUCCCUCCCGCCGGCUCACGGAGAGAGAUGGCUGCCUAGCUCCGGAAGCCUAGCUCUUGUUCCGGGCAUCCUAAGGAAGACACGGUUUUUCCCUCCGGGGGCUCACCACAUCUGGGACUUUGACGACUCGGGACCUCUCUCCCAUCGAAUGUUUGCGCGUUUUCUGGGAAAGUGAAAUGCCUAACCUUGUUUUUACUCUAAGUCGCUACUUUGAAUCUUCCCUGUUUGUCUCUUUAAUCACCUAGCCUUGCUUCUCAUGUAAAUAAGGCUCUCUGUAGCUGGGAAUGCUGGACAAACUCCAAUCGACCCCUUAAUUUACGAGACACGAAGGGCUCCUUACCCAACCCCCUUCCGCAAGGAGUUGACCUGUGUAAGCAGAUACUCAGCAUUUCAAGGGAGCCCAAUCAACUGAUAAGGUACUGGCACAAACAGUGCAUGAAGUUCCCAGGAUUUUUCUCCAAGAGAUAAUAACAACAUAAAGCCUUGAGUUCGUGUCCAGCACAGCACCUAUAUCUAAGUGUCAUGAAGGGUUUAGAGCCCUGCACCUGGUACCGUUGCUUUUUGUAACCAUUUGCCUUUUAAAAUUGUUUAUCUCUCUGUAACCAUUUGCUUCUUUUGAUUCCUGCAUGUUUUUACUCCUGUAGAAUUACCGCAUUUGAGUUCCCCUCCCCUUCCUAAACCAAGGUAUAGAAGUUAAUCAAGCCCCUUCCUCGGGGCCGAGAGAAUUUUGAGCGUUAGCCAUCUCUUUGGCCGCCGGCUUAAAUAAAGGACUCUUAAUUUGUCUCAAA